CUUUGGCAGCUAGCAUGCCUCCCUGCUCGACUUGACGGACGUGACCGCUGAUCAAGGCGAUUCGGCCUAGUUUUUCGGCGUAGAUACGACUACGUCUGGUCCAGAGGCGACUUUCGACCAGCUCGGGAGAUGCAGCAACGCAGUUAGCCGCUCCUGAGACGCCAGAAAAGCGGCCAUGCUUGCCCAAAGGCUGAUCCGCAGGGCCGGCCGCCCACUGCUGCGGACUUUUUCUGCUCGGCAGGGCUUCGUCCGUCCACUCGCACCUGCCUCUCAAAUUUUCAAUUUCCAGACUGAAAAGCAGAAUGCACGGACGACGAACCCGAUUAUCGUGAGCAGAUACUUCAGCAAGCAGACCAAAAAGGAGGCGGAACGGGCGGAACAGACUGAAAAUAAGGACGCGGCUGAGGUCGAGGUCGAAAAAAAGCUGUCGUUGUUUCAGAAGUUCAAACAGAUGUACAAAGAGUACUGGUACGUUCUUCUGCCCGUGCACGUGGCUACGUCGGCCGUGUGGGUCGGCUGCUUCUACUACAUCGUGCGGAGCGGCGUCGACGUGCCUGCCCUUCUUCACACGCUGCACUUCCCGGACAAGGCGCUCGACUUCAUCAAGAACAACUCGAGCACCGGCCACCUGGCCGUCGUGUACGCCAUGUACAAGGUGGCGACGCCGGCCAGGUACUUUGUCACCGUGGGUGGCACCACCUUGGCCAUCAACAAGCUCAAGGCGAUGGGCUACAUCAAGCCCAUGCCCAACCGGGAGCAACUCAAGGAAAUGUAUCAAGAACAAAGAGACAACUUGAAAGAACGUUACCAGGAGAGGAGAGACAGUUUCAAGGACAACAUGCAAGAGAGAAAGGAUAACUUGAUGCAAAAAUUGCAGAAGAAGCAGUGACACUGUUCCAUGAAAGUGCUUAUUAAGAUUUUUGCUAAUUUGUUGCUCGACUCUGCUGUAUUCUUUUGUCCUUAUUUUAUUUUUAGUUAAAUAUGAAUCUGAUAAGAAGCCGUCGUGCCAAUCAAACGUAUAUUGUGCGCAAUUUGUUAGGGUUGACUUUGUUGUUGACGUUCGUUCUCUAGUGAGUGCACAAAUAAUCUAAAAAUAAUAAACAUCCUUGGUGUUACUAAAA